AUGCUCAUUAGUCUAUCCCUGAUCCUAGUGACACUGGUGGAAAUUCAUUCUUUUCGUACAAGGAUAGAUAAAGAAAGCAACUUUUCCUAUCAUUUAUUUUUUCAAACAAAUUCGUUUGCAAAUAAAUCCAGACUACAUACUUACAACAGCACUUUUCUGAAGAAGAAUAAGGAAAAAAAACAAAUAUGCUUAAAAGGAGUAAAAGGGAUUAGGACCUUUAAUCCAUACAAUUAUGCAAAAAGAGAAUAUCUGUUCAAAAUAUGGAAAGAAAUAUCCGAGAGUUUUUCAUACAGCUUGUACGAUUUGCCAGUACUCGAGGAUUAUGAAAUGUUUAGGAAAAGCAAAAUAAAUGAGUCUUACGAUUUUGUCAAAAAUAACAGACAUUUAAUUCUACGCCCAGAAAUUACACCCCAGUUGGUUAACCAUUUGUUCAUACGAAAAAAACGCGUAUCCGUAAAGAAGGCAAAACAACAAAAUUCCAAAAAUGGUUCAUCAUGUCAGCAUGGAAGGAAAAAAGAACAGAAAGAUUUACACAGCAGUACUAGCCACCCAUGUGUAAAUCUGAAAUCAGAAAGAAAUGUCUACCUCCUGCACAACCUUCGACAGAUACACAAAAUGAGCACCAUCGGACAAUGUUUUCGAUAUGAGAAAACUUCAAGCUGUCGAAAGAGAGAACAUUAUCAAUGGAAUAUGGACAUAAUUGGAACAAAUAGCAUUGAGGCAGAAAUAGAAAUGCUGACAAUUCUUAUUGCAUUUUUUCGUAAAGUUAAUUUAGGGCACAGUGAUGUAGUGAUUAAAAUAAAUGAUAAAAGAAUUGUCGAUUUUGUAAUUAGAAAAGUUUUCAAAAUAUCUUUAGAUCAAUUUUCACCUUCUUAUAUUCAACAUAAUGUCGUGAAAAAUAUUAUGCACAUACUUGAUAAAUAUAAGAAAAUUUCAAGUGGUACAUUUAAAUUAUUACUAAAAAAAAAUAUCCCAAAUCUGGACAUGUAUGAAAUAAAACAUUUUUAUAAUGUCAUACAGAAAAUUAACACAUUACCAGACCUUGAAAUAUUCUUUAAUUCGAAAAAAAAAUCUAUUUAUUAUGACCUGCACACACUUGUCACAUAUUUUGAAAAAAUUAAUUUAAGCAAUUUUUUUCAAAUUGAUUUAACUAUCGUUAGAGGACUUGAUUAUUACACUAACAUCAUCUUUGAAAGUUUUUAUAAACACAAAAAUUAUAGGGCUAUAUGUGGAGGGGGAAGAUAUAAUUUUUUUCUUAACCAAGGAGGCCCAAAAGUUUGUGCAGUUGGCUUUGGAAUGGGUGAUGUCGUAAUAACAGAAAUACUCUUUAACAAUCACAGUAAUAAUAAACACAGCAACAAGGACAGACAGGAAAAUUUAGCCGCUAAUCUGUGCAAGAACAUUGACGUCGUUAGUUUUUUUCCCCACAUGACCAAUCAGCAGGCAUUGCAGAGUCAUAUACAAAUGGAAUACUUCAGCAUUGUGGACGUGCUCCGCAGAAAUGGCUUGCGCGUUUAUUCUCUUUUGACCAGCAGCAACAGUAGCAGCAUCAGCAGCAUCAGAAGCAUCAGAAGCAUCAGAAGCAUGAACCUUUCCAAAGCUUUGAAAAAGGCCAAUUCCUUAGACGCACACUUUUUUCUCUUCUUCGAUGAACACGCCUCCGCCUUCUCCCUCAAGGACCUGAAAACGGGGGAACAGAAAAUCGUCACUCCAGCGGAUGUUCUUUCUGUCUACGGACGUGCUUAG